AUGAUAUCAAAAAUUAUAUUAUUGAUUUUGAUCUUCAAAUGUUCUCUACCCGAUUCCGUAGAGACUUCUAAUGAUCUUCUGGACCAUGAAGGACAUCGUGUGAAUUUUUUGAAGUUUUGCAAAGUUGUAGCUCCAAAACUCAAAUCAAUUAUGUUAGAAGAUUCAUCUUUCGUUCAGAAAAAACGCGAUUUUUUCAAACUUGUGUUAGAACCUCUUGUGCCAACCAAAAAGAAAUCAAUAAUCAGUUUAGUUAAUCAAUUGAUUUAUGUUUAUGGAAGAAUUCCGGAAAAUGUGAGUGAUAAAUAUGAAUGGGUGGAUUGAAAAUUAAUUUGUUUCAGUUCCAAACCUUGGCUGUCAAAAUUUAUGAAAAGUAUGUCGAGGGGAAGUUCAAGUUUGAUGAAGAUACUUUUGAGAAAAUUGUGAGUUAUAUUUUUUUGUGAAAUUAUUUUCAACUUACAAUUUUGAAUCAGAAAUGUUUCAUAUUUUGUUUACAAUAUUUUUUUCAGGUUGCAAGUUUUAAUAAACAAUAUGAACGCGGGAAUAUGAUGAAAAUGUGGAACUCAAAAAAUGAUUUUGAUCGAACAAUUCCAGCUUUUCGUGAAAUAUUCUACGUUGAUUAUGAAGACUUCAAUGAAAGUUCUGAAGUAGAGAAGAACAUAAUCGCAAUUCUAAAAUAUAUUUUCGGUGAAACUCCAGCAGAAAACUUCCAUCAAGAACUAUAA